AUGUUUGGAGAACCUUAAAUAUUAAGCCCUGUUAAGAGAUAGUUUAUUAUGCAACGAAUUAUAAACAAUAUGAAUGAGAUUUCAAAACCAGAAUCGACAUCACCAGUCAAAAGAAGAAUAAGAAUUUAAUCAAAUCGUAUUGAUUAUAGGAAAAAUAUGAGUAUGGUGGAAAAUCAUUCUAAUAAGCAGAUUACUGAGCCUAAUAACACAGAAAAUAAGAAAUUGUUUCAUAUAAAAGCUAAUCGUAAGAUGUCUCAAGAUCAGAUGCAUCCUAAAUCUCCUCCCAUGUUACCAUCACUAUUUGAAAUUACCUUUUAGAAUCCAUUUUUAGGCCAAUUUUCCUAAAGAAAAUAUUAACGCCCAACAGAAUUUUAAGCCAUAGUAUACAAACGAAAAUCAUGACUAAUUUAAUUAAUUAU